GGGUAACCUUGAUAGACACAGCCUUACACACACUGGUGUGAAGAACUAUGAAUGUAAGGAAUGUGGGAAAAAAUUCAUCCAGAAGAGUCACCUUGAUAGACACACCCUUACACACACUGGUGUGAAGAACUAUGAAUGUAAGGAAUGUGGGAAAAAAUUCAGGCGGAAGGAUGACCUUCUUACACACACUGGUGUGAAGAGUCAUGAGUGUGAAGAGUGCGGGAAGAGGUUCAGUGUGAAGUCAGCACUCAAUCGACACGUCUUCAGGCACUAUGGCCUUAGAGAGUUCAAGUGUGAUGUUUGUGGAAAGCUCUUUAAGACAAAGUGUGACAUUGCUAAGCACAUGAAGAUCCACUUCUGAAGUGUGUCUGCCUACAGUAGUUAUAGUGACCAGGGUGUUAGCAGCAGCUGAGCCUGAUAGGGAAAGGGAAGUGAAGGAUAGGUAAAAGUGAUCUUGUAAGACAAGGAAGAAAGAAGGCUUGCCUGUGAAGUGAUAAAAGGAGAGGAGCCACAGCAAGAAGAGGAAGGGAAAUACUGAUGGCUGACUUUCCACAGCUGUGGCAGCUGCACCUGGGCCUGGAGCCUGGUUGAGUCUCACAGCUACAGUGAAUUACUUACUCCUCUGUGAGAGCGUGUGAAGCAGUUUGCCAACCUGGUCCUGGUCCUCAUGAUGCUGUUCGCCAGGUACAAUCACUGGAUGGUGGGCGACAAGUUUGAGAGACUCGCCCCCUCACUGGUGUUCUUCUUCAUGCUAACCUGCUGGCUCAUCGUUGAGUACCAAAUCCACCGGAAGGAGAAGAUGGAUAAGGCGGCAGCAGCGGCCAAGAAGUCACCCGCCACAGCCGCCGAAGGGAAGGACGGAGGAACAGCCACCAACUCCAUUGCUGGCGGCUUCACAUCUACUCUCCUCUCCUCCUCCUCAGUUGCCUCCACCUCCUCCUCCUCUCAACAUGGACGGUCGAAGAAGGAUGUUUAGUGUGGAGGUGUUUGAUUGGGGUGGAGGUGCUGGAAGGUCAGCCAUGCCAGGUGAGAAGGUCCCUGGGGAGUGGAGGCUGCCGGAACACCUCGGCUGUCCUGCACCUCCCGGCAGGGCAAGCAGGUGCCACCCCUCCUGGAACACCCCGACUGUCCUGCACCUCCCGGCGGGGCAAGCAGCUGCCACCCCUCCUGGAACACCCCGACUGUCCUGCACCUCCCUGCGGGGCAAGCAGCUGCCACCCCUCCUGGAACACCCCGACUGUCCUGCACCUCCCGGCAGGGCAAGCAGCUGCCACCCCUCCUGGAACACCCCGACUGUCCUGCACCUCCCUGCGGGGCAAGCAGCUGCCACCCCUCCUGGAACACCCCGGCUGUCCUGCACCUCCCGGCGGGGCAAGCAGCUGCCACCCCUCCUGGAACACCCCGACUGUCCUGCACCUCCCGGCGGGGCAAGCAGGUGCCACCCCUCCUGGAACACCCUGACUGUCCUGCACCUCCCGGCGGGGCAAGCAGGUGCCACCCCUCCUGGAACACCCUGACUGUCCUGCACCUCCCGGCGGGGCAAGCAGGUGCCACCCCUCCUGGAACACCCUGACUGUCCUGCACCUCCCGGCGGGGCAAGCAGCUGCCACCCCUCCUGGAACACCCCGACUGUC